UGUAUAAACAAUUCGAAAAGAUUUUUAACGCAACGUACAUAACAGCUCCGCUAUCGGACGCAGAAAUACAGAAACUGGCCAAAGAGCAGAGCUGCUUUCGUAGGCUGGUCAAAUGGAUUUGUCAGUUAAAAACAGUUACAAAAAACACGUAUCCGAUCGUGAACGACUUCCUUGAACGCAUUGGAAGGAGAGACUUGAUCGCGUGUCUCUCAGAAUUUAGUAUGAAAAGUUCCAAGCCGCCAAAGGUGAUUCGCGACGUUCAGUCGGCCGACGAUUCAGAAGACGAAGAGGGUGGCGUAACAACGUCAACGGAAACCAUUCGAUCGAAGGACGUUACAGCCAGCACUCAAAACACAAAUCAAACAAUUGAUAAACUCAGUGGAUCUACUAGCAUCAGGGUAUCGCUACAAACCGCAGGGAUUGUUAUGAUCACGACUAUACUUUUAACUUGUUGUUGCACUUUAUUUAUAAGGUACAGGCUAGCGAAUCUAUUUAAUAGUAUAUUUCGGCGAAACAAGAAGAAGAAGAAGAAAACUAACAAGUUAAAGGGUACUGUUUCUUCGAUCAGUAAAUAUGUAACGAUCGACACGGACGAUCCGGAGGACGUGUCCAGAAGCUACGUUGUUCGAAAGUCACGAGCAAAGCGGAAGAGGGCGCCGUCUUACGAAUUAGUAGACACUGGCACGCAAAAUACUAUAACCGUGGUGCCCAAAGAACCCGAAGAAACACCGCCCACGGGUUGUUCCAAGUGCUACAAAAAGAAAAGAAAAGUGAAAAGUGCGAAAAGCCCGCACAGAUAAAACGUGUCAAAUGUCAAUGUACGAUUGUCUGAUGGUAGUAAAUAAACAAUCACAACUUAC